UAGGUUAAAGUGCGCGUGUAGCGAGCGCGCGCACGCCGAGGGGGGAAGCAUCUGCCGCACACGCGCGCGCAGGGAGGACAACAGACGAGUGAAGAAGAAGAAGAAGCAGACGAGCUGCAUCCUGCGAGCAUGAAGAAGAGCAAGCACGGAGGACAGGGGCCACAGGACUCGGGACAUCCGGCCCCCCAGCAGCCGGAGAAGGUGGGCUGGAUCAGGAAGUUCUGCGGCCGUGGAAUCUUCAGGGAGCUGUGGAGGACUCGCUAUGUGGUCCUGAGAGGAGACCACCUGUUCAUCUCGGACAAGGAGGUGAGGGACGAGCGCAAGGCGCAGGAAGUCUUCAACCUGGCCGACUACGAGCGCUCAGAGGAGCUGAGGAAAGCGAAGAGUCGCAGCAAGAAGAACCACAGUCGCUUCACUUUGCUUCGCUGCAGGCAGCCCGGAAACACGGUUCCCAACCUGGUCUUCCUGGCCGUGAGUCCGGAGGAGAAGGAGUCGUGGGUCCACACGCUCAACGUGGCAAUCGUCAGGGCCAAGAACCGCGUUCUAGACCAGGUGACCAUGGAGGAGGACGUGUUGGUCCAUCCCACCAGAGACAGAGCCAAGAUCCCGCAAGGGCGCCGGCUGCCCACCAGAGGACACCUCGUGGCUGUGGCGUCCACGUCCUGUCACGGCUUGGUGACGCUUGACCUGGUGGCCGAGGAGGAGGGGUUCUCCUCGGAAUGUGACUCAUGGGACAACGGCUUCCGUGUGGGUUCCAGCAGCCAGGUGGCGGCGUGUCAGCUGGUCGGAGGACGUCAGCGCUCGGGCACUGAUGUGUCCAAGUUACGGGUCAGAACCAAGGAGCCCAAAGUGAAGACUGGGAGUCUGCCCAGGGGAAGUGAGCGUUCCUGGGGAAAAUAUUCCCACCUGGAAGGCUCCAAGGUGCACAAGAGCCAGCAGCUGCAGGCCCUCCAGAAUCAGUCCAGAACACCUCAGCCUGGUAAGAGGUCCAGCGUGCAGGUGCGGAGUCGCUGCGCCUCCAUGGAUGAAGUCCUCUCCUCCAGACCGGCGAUGAUCCGCUCCGAGUUGCGCUCGGCUCUUCGCCGCUGUCCAACCGAAGAGGACGGCGGUGCUUCAGUGCAGCCGGUGGGUCAGCUGCAGAGCCUCAUCGCUCAGAGGAUGCAGCGAGCUCAGGAGUUGCUGGAGGAGAUGAGACUGCAGGAGCUGCAAAAGGCCAAAGCGGAGCGCGAGCAAGGAGGUAGCUGGUCUUUGGUGAAGAGCGUAGAGUCUCCUCGUCUUCAUCACCUCAGGGGUGCCGACUCGCCUCAUUCCAGCAGGUCGUCGGGGUCGCCGCGGAGCAGGAGCAGCGACUCGCCCCGGCUGAGAGGGAGGGAAUGUCGGCGGUCCAAAGCCAGAAAGAAUGGAUCGUCCCGCUCCAGAGGCUCUCGCUCGCCUGCUCAAGCCAACGAGUCACCUCUCUGGAAGAAUUCCCCCAAACUUAAAGAAGGCUCCAACAUGGAGGAGACGCCCAAGCUUCUGGAAUCGCCGCCAUGCGUCCCACGCCUGGACGGCGUCACGGCUGAUUGGCCGGCAGAGUCGUCCUCGCUCCACAGCGGCGACGACUCUUCCUGUGCCAGUCAGCCCAACUCGGAGAGUGCGUCUGAAACGCGGGACACGAGCCGGCGCCUGUCCCCGCCCCCCUCCCAGCUGAAGGAGGAUGAGCUGGAGAGGAGGCGUGUGGAGGCAGAGCGCCUCCUGGUGGAGGCCAUGUCAUCCUGGCAGGAGGCGCAGGAGGUGCUGCAGGAGGUGAAGGAGCUGCAAAGCCAGACGCUGCGACGCCAGCGCAGGAGGACCUACCAGAAGAUGACCUCCACGCCCACGUCGCCCGAUGUCACCGAUCCCCCCGCAGAAGAGGAUGGCGCGGCGACGGUCGGGACGUCGCCCGAGGACGAGUCUCCGUAAUCUGGACUUGUCCUCCUGAUGAACAUUCCACUGUUUGAGCACUGUGACGCUCAGCUCGGCUCUGAAGGCUGCAGAAGCACUGACUUGUCUUUCUAAACCUCUUUUCCAUUUUUCUACUGGACUUGACAGGGAAAACAGGAAGUGAUGUCCUCUGGUCGUGCACAUGUAGGACCAUCAGGGAGAUAAUCAGCAAUAACAACAAUGUCUUCUUUGUUGUCAUUCAUUGGCUGUGUCUCAAAUGGAAUACUUCCGUCGGCACACAUUAAUAAGUAUACUGUACUGUCUACACAGUGUACUUACUUCCUGAGGGCUUGAAUUUUGACAGUGUAGUGCUGUCCCAAAUCCCUUAGUUGUUAUGCACUUACUGGAAAUGACAAUCACAAUGUUUACCCUGCUUUCCAUCUUCUCUCCUUUUAAUAGUGAAUUGCAACCACUCAGGUCAGAGUCCCUCCUCCUUCCGCUACCGAGGGCAGUACUUUUCCAGCACUGUACUCUCACCAUUUUGAACGUUUUGAGUGCUGACAGCGCCCUGCACUCAGUAGGAACACACUCACGCACUCAAACGACUAAGCUAAGACUGUGUUCCAAAUUGUGUACGUCCACACUUAGUCAGUAUACACAGUAAGUAUACUGUGUACACGGUGUACUUAGUUCCUGAGGGCAUGUAUUUCCACAGUGGAGUGCUGUCCCAAAUCAUCACUGUCCUUGCACACUUACCGGUAAUGGCGACGACCGUUUUUACCGUCUUCUUCUUCUUCUCUCCUUUGUGCAUUGCAACCACUCGCGUCACAUAGCCUGCUGAGGCACUGCACACUCACUGUUCUAGUGCAAUAUCCGGGUACUGCAUUUUGCCGUACUUCUCAGUGUGAACGCACUUAUGCACUUCAAGUACAGAAGGGCGCCAGUUGAGACACAGCCAUUGCUUUGUUGCUCUUCAUCCAAGGAUCGACGGCGUCAUCAAAGACGCGCCCCAAAUUCCAAAACUGGAUUCUCUUGCAGAGCAACACAACAAUGCAACCAUUGCCGAUAACACGUGUUUAUGCAAAGAAAAAUAAAAUAGGCUCAGGCGUAUAAUAGGAUUCUAGAUUCAACGUUAUUAUUUAACAUUGGCAGAGGUCUUCUCUUUCCUGUGCAUCUUUUCACCAACAACCAAAGCACACAACUUGUCCCAUACAGUUACGUCGCAAGAUGUUGGCACGUGAUUUCUGAUGUCAUCACCAUUUUACUGCUCCUGUUGUGCACGUGCGUGCGUGUGUGUGUGUGUGUGAGACAUGAAAAACCAUCUUUGAUCUUUUUCUUCUCUAGUUCGUGCUUGAAGUGAACAACAUGGCUGUUUUGGUCCCGUUUGGACCACAUGCACAAUAAAUAACUUGUCAAACCGAACGAAUGAUUCAUUGCUAUAGAACACACACACACACACACACACACACACACACGCCUGUGCAGGUCAGUGAGCAGAGUAGCAGAUGUAGGCCAGACGAGCAACAUCGCUCCAUUACACCUCAAACACUCUGCGUGUGUCAUUAUGCAUGCAUGUGCGCACAUUGCUUGAUGACAAAUCUGAGUGUGCGCGUGUGUGGUAAAGGAGCAGUCGUGUCACUUCCCUUUAUGCAGGAAGUGAUUCAUCAUGUGACCGUCAUCCUGCUGUCAAUCACAGCAAGCGUCAAUACGGAUGUGAUCCCAUCACAAAGCGCUGCGCAUGCAGUAGCUGCGCCGUUAGCGUGCGUGCUUACGGGCUUUUAUGUUUUGAAGUGAGAUGAGGCAGUCGUGCUCGCAUGAGAAAGGUUUAAAUUAUUCACGCUGAUUCUUUCUGUGCAUGUCGCAUCAUCAGCACCAUCACAUCUUUUAUUUACACACACACGCACGCACACACACACCUACACGUUCCAGGUCAGUGUUAGUUUGUUCUCAUUAGGCUCAGUGUGUGUUUGUGUGUGUGUGUCUUGGGGGAUGGUUGUGUUGCUUCAUUGUGACUCAAAGCCCUGCAGCAUCUCUUCUAAACCUCUGCAUCACUCUCCUUUCCUUUCCUCCUGUGUGUGUGUGUGCGUGCGUGCGUUGUUAGCGUGCUAGCAACAGAGCUAAAAAUACUUCCUGUUUGCUGUGAGGUCACUGUGAUGUAAUCAACACCAUACGUGUUGUAUAAAAGCUUUUAGGUCAGAAUAAAUAUUUUAUCCCAACACACGCACGAUCACGCAACAAAAGUGAGGGAUCAGAGGUCAGUGUCGUGAUGAAGAAGGUCAAACACACACGCUUCAUAUUCAACUAAAGUGUGAAUGGUUGCUGCAGUAAGAGCUGACCGCCAUCUGCCGGACAAAAGGUGCACAGCGAGGAAGUCAACUUGGAAACGACGCCAACUGUUUGUUCACGUGAGUCACGUGACGGCAUUCACGCGCCUUCAGUUGCUUUUUUUUGUUUAACUUAAAAGUGAAGUUUGAUUUCACCGCACAACAGUCGACAAGACUUCACGCGCUGAAGUUGAUUCUCAAAUCAAAAAUACGUUUGAUACUUCAGCCAUUUGAGGUUAUGUUUGUUUUGUCUGUUGAAACACUGACCGAUCGUAAACGAAGCCACGUGUGAACUGUCAAGUUUUCAUCCUGAAAGCAGUAACACAUGAAUG